CCGGGAGAUGGUGCUUCUGGUGUUCGGGACAUUACACGAGCUGGUAGAGUAGAACACCCGCCGAACAUUUCUUACGCUUCGCGAUAUGGAGAUACCUCUUCCAUGCCCGGACGUUCUCGCUGCAAAGACGUUCGGGCAUGAAGUGUGAUUUCUACAUAGACUGACAGUGUGCCCGAUGCCAAUGGCCUUUCGUAGUACGGUUAUAAGAGCCAUAUCGUGUCUAACCUACCACAGUAGCACGGGACAGCUGCCGGCACUCCCAAUACCCAGCCUGAAAUAAUCGCCUUAUUUCUAUUCAACAUGAGUUAUCAGAAAACCCUGUACCUGUUCGGGGACCAAACUUUCGACGUUGAACCGCAUAUGGCCCAGUUGCUGUCUGCGGGAAAUAGCAACGUGGUGUUAAGGGACUUCCUCGAUAAGGCGUACAAAUCGAUCCGUCUGCAGAUCUUCCAGCUUCCUGAGAACGUAUAUGGAGAGCUGCCUAGAUUCACGAGCAUAGAAGAUGUGCUUCUUUGGAAACAGUCCAAGGAGCGCAGCCGUUGUGUGCCGUUGGACAUGGCUAUGGCCUGUCUGUACCAGCUGGGGUCUUUUAUUAUUAGCCAAAAGGAAAGGGAGUAUCCCAAGCCCAAUGAUACGUGUAUUGUUGGGCUUUGCACCGGCGCUUUGGCCGCCGUGGCGAUCAGCAGUAGCGAGAGCCUGCAAGAACUGAUUCCAAGGGCUGUUGAAGCCGUGGCGAUCGCAUUUGAUGUCGGCUCAUGCGUAUCGAAUAUGAAGACACGCUUCGUAGCACCAGAGGAGAUGUCCCGAACGUGGUCCAUCGUGGUGGCUGGGCCGUCAGCUGAUUUAGCAGUACGCAAGUUCUGCGAAGAUAGUACACUUCCGGUAACUGCACGACCAUUCAUUAGCGUGUAUACACCUAGUGGUUGUGCUGUGAGCGGUCCGCCAAGUUCGCUUGAUGAACUCACUUCAUCGGCGUAUUUCCAGGGAUUGAAGCAUAAGGCCAAGGCCGUGUAUGCUCCUUAUCACGCACCGCAUCUAUAUUCGGCUGCAGACAUAAAGGAGCUAAUGGCAUCCUUCGAGACGGCGAGUUGGUCACAGACUUUCACCCAGAUCCCUAUCAUAUCAAGCAAUGGCAAGUGGAUGGAAGGGUCGAACUUCAAGGAUCUCCUCACAGUGGCUCUAGAAAACAUCCUCCUCCAGCCCGUUGACUGGAAUAACAUCCUUGACAGCGUGCGAACUAGCCUUGAGCCAUCAGGCGAAAUGUCCGACUGCAAGGUCGAAUCCUUCGGAUCUCGCGCAGAUCAGCUUAUUUACACGGCAUUCAAGCGUCCACCUGCGCUUGGCCAGUCAUUGACGUCCCAACUGUCGACUGAGAGACUGCCAUACCACGUAGGGAACAAUAAGGAAUGUGGAAGUCAAGCUCGGCCCAAAAUUGCUAUCAUUGGGAUGUCGGGAAGGUUUCCAGGCGGCGCCAAUAAUACCAUGGCAUUCUGGAACUUGCUUAGACAGGGACUAGAUGUUCACGAGCCAGUUCCUCCUACGCGCUGGUCUAGAGCACAUGUUGACGAGACGGGAACUCGCAAGAAUACCAGUGCAACGCCUUUCGGUUGUUGGCUGAGCGACCCUGCUGCAUUUGACGCUCGCUUCUUCAACAUCUCCCCACGGGAGGCACCUCAGAUUGACCCUGCGCAGCGUAUCGCUCUAAUGACAGCGUACGAAGCCCUGGAGCAGGCUGGCAUCGUGCCGGAUACUACACCAUCAACAAGAAGGGAUCGAGUAGGGGUCUUUUAUGGCGUCACGAGUAACGAUUGGAUGGAGACGAACAGUGCCCAAAAUAUUGAUACAUACUUUAUCCCUGGAGGCAAUCGAGCUUUCAUUCCCGGUCGAAUUAAUUACUUCUUCAAGUUUAGUGGCCCGAGUUAUGCUGUUGAUACGGCCUGUUCUUCUAGUAUUUCGGCUAUUCAUAUAGCUAUCAACUCGCUUUGGCAACGGGAUGUUGAUAUGGCUAUCGCAGGGGGAACUAACGUAUUAACCAACCCCGACUUCACUGCUGGGCUGGAUCGCGGCCACUUCUUAUCUCGCACGGGUAAUUGUAAAACGUUUGACGAUUCGGCUGACGGGUACUGCCGAGGCGAAGGUGUUGGUACUGUGGUUCUUAAGCGGCUUGAAGAUGCUAUUUCUGAAAAGGAUCCCAUUUUAGGCGUGAUCCUCGGCGCAUCGACAAACCACUCGGCCCAAGCUGAAAGCAUUACGAGGCCACAUACCGGUGCGCAGCGAGAUAUCUUCUCCAAAAUCCUUAAUGCAAGCACGAUCGACGCCAGCAGCGUGGGUUACGUCGAAAUGCAUGGUACGGGGACGCAAGCAGGCGAUGCCACCGAGAUGUCCAGUGUUCUUCAAGUAUUUGCGCCCCAGGAUCAACUCGUUCGCCCCAACCCCGUCUUUCUCGGCUCAGCUAAAUGUAACAUCGGGCACGGUGAAGCAGCUUCGGGGGUGUCGAGUUUGAUCAAGGUUUUAUUGAUGAUGAGGAACAAUUUGAUACCGCCGCAUACCGGUAUCAAAACCAAGAUCAACCACAACUUCCCAACGGACCUAGCUGAAAGAAAUGUCCAUAUUGCAAAGGAGGCAAUCGUGUGGCGUGCUUCAGAUUCAUUGCCUAGGCGGGCAUUCGUGAACAAUUUCUCGGCUGCCGGAGGCAACUCAGCUCUCCUUUUGGAAGAGCCACCGAUGUCAGAACAUGCUGACCACGAUCAGAACACCAGCAAUGCCAACCUCGUUGCCAUUUCGGCCAGGACAGCGGCCUCCCUUCAGGGCAACCUUUUGUCGUUGAAGAGGUUUCUACUAGGGAGUGUCCCACAGAAUGAUACGCAGGGCAUUUCGAUAGGGCAGCUCUCAUAUACGACAACCGCCCGGCGCAUUCACCAUCCGCACCGUGUUAUGCUCGUCGGGUCCUCGGUCAAUGAACUUCUUGCGCAGAUAGAACUCGCCCUUCGUGAUCGGACGGGCAUGACACGGCCAAAGCAUAGGUCACCCAAGAUUGUUUUUGCAUUCACUGGACAGGGCACGCAGUUCCCUGGUAUGGGCCGCCAAAUGAUGGAGGCAUUCUCAUUGUUCCGCAACGAACUCCGCCAGCUCGAUCACAUUUCUCGUAGCCUUGGUUUCCCGUCCAUCAUGCCCGUAUACAUGACCACAGAGUUGCAGUCCCUGGACGAGCUCCCCCCACUGCAAGUCCAGCUGGCUAGUGUGUGCAUGCAAAUCGCGCUGGCACGGCUUUGGGCUUCCUGGGGCAUCAUGCCUGGGGCUGUUGUAGGUCAUAGUCUAGGGGAAUAUGCGGCGUUGAAUGUUGCAGGUGUUCUGUGCGACUCAGACACCAUCUAUCUCGUGGGCACACGGGCUACACUUCUUCAAGAUCUCUGCACUCGUGGGACACAUUCGAUGCUAGUUGUCCGAGCUUCGACUGAUACCAUUGAAGCUACACUAAAGAACACCCCGCAUCACAUCGCUUGUAUAAACUCGCCUAUUGAGACAGUCUUAGCUGGCCCGGACGACGAGAUAUUUGUAGCAAGGGGGAUAUUAAUCGAUGCUGGCAUCAAAACAACCAAGCUCAAAGUUCCCUAUGCCUUCCAUUCAUCACAAGUCGACCCCAUCCUAGCACCAUUCGAAAAGGCUGCUGCGUCCGCUCGUUAUCUCCCUCCUAGGUGUCCGGUUCUAUGUCCAUUGAACGGUCUCGUCGUUACGAACGAGGGAAUAUUCGGGCCAGCUUAUUUGAGCCGCCAUUGCCGCGGACCUGUGAAUAUGAUGCGGGCUCUUCAGUUGGCUCGCCAUCAUGAUACCAUGACAGAGCAGUCUAUUCUCCUCGAGGUUGGGCCCCAUCCGGCCGUUUCGGGCAUGGUAAAGGCGACAUUAGGCCCAAAGAUGACAGUUAUUUCCGCAUUGAGUCGUGGCUCAUCCCAGGACGUGCUGGCUGAAGCUUUAAGGGUGGUCUAUCAAGCUGGUGCCGAUCUCGCAUGGGCAGUAUACCAAGAAAACUUCAAGGCCUCACAAAAGGUCAUCACCGACUUGCCAGCUUAUAGCUGGGACUUGAAGGAUUAUUGGCUUCAAUAUGUCAAUGACUGGUCGCUGCGCAAGGGUGACCCCGCCCUCGUCACCCAAAAACAUGAGCAGAAGAGGGAGCUUGAGAGUACCACAAUCCACCGUAUCGUGGAAUCAUCAAUAUCUGCAAAUGGUGCAAAGGAAAAAAUCAUCGUUGAAGCAGACAUGAUGCGGCCCGAUCUAAACCGUAUAGUGCAGGGGCACAUGGUUGAUGGCAUACCGCUGUGCACGCCGUCGGUAUAUGCCGAUAUGGCUCUCACGCUGGGUAGGUAUCUCCUUGAAUGCCGGCAAAAAACUGCAUCAAAAGUCAGAUACAAACAUGUCGAUGUCGUAGAUAUGACUGUGUCCAAGGCCCUUAUUGCUAAGACGCAAGGUUCACAAUUACUCCAAGCGCAGACUGAGGUAGAUUGGGCCAAAAAUGAAGCUGCAGUGAAAUUUGUCAGUUUCGACGGUAAAGGAAGGACGCAAGAACAUGCUAAGUGCACCCUCCGGUUCGCAGACCCCUCGAUCCUCUUGGAUAAGCUACAGGAUAAAUCGGCCUGGAUCAAGUCACGCAUGCAUGAUCUCCGACGGGGCAUCGUCAAAGAGACUACCGUCCGUUUCAACCGGCCUAUGGUCUAUCGUAUGAUCCGCCCCCUCGCUCAGUUCCAUGACGAUUACCGCACCAUCGAUGAGGUUGUCCUUAACAGUGCUACACUCGAGGCCUCUGCCUCUGUCAAUUUCGGCAACAUUCAGAAGGGUGGUGAAUUUGCUCUACACCCCGCCAUCAUCGACGCUUUUACACAGUCCUGUGGGUUCACCAUGAAUUGCAAUGAUCAUACCGAUCUAGAUAACGAAGUUUUCAUGAAUCAUGGUUGGGGCAGCUUCCAGGUAUUCGGAGAUGUGCAUUUCGAUCGUUCAUAUACUUCAUACACACAGAUGUUUGAAGGCGAAGACAAACUCUGGCACGGAGAUGUAGUGAUCUUUGAUGGUGAAUUGAUUGUGGCUGCAUUUCAGAAGAUCACUAUCCAGUGCGUUCCGAGACGAGUCCUAGGGGUUAUCCUUUCAUUAGAGGCCGGCAUAAAAUCACAGAAGGCCACCUCCGCCUCUCUACGAAAGUCAAUGGCUUCUGCAGAGGCCAUCAACUCCACCGAUACCAUCCACAAUCGUAUGGGAGAUGAAAGUCGCCAGGCAAAACCCGCCCAGAAAAUUGAGCCUAGUGCCACCAAAAUCUCAUCUGCCUUAAGAAUUAUCUCGGAGGAGAGUGGAGUUGCCUUAGCCGAACUCACAAAUAACAGUACUUUUGCUGACUUCGGGGUCGACUCGCUACUCGGAUUGACUAUCUCGGCACGUUUCAGAGAGGAGUUAGACUUGGAUCUUAAGUUCGACGAUAUCUUCAUAGCAUAUCCAACAAUCGGAGAUCUAAUGGGCCUAAUCGAAUCCGUAGGGAAAUCUGCUGUUAAAGCUGGAGAGCAACAUAAACCGGUGUCUGUAUCUUCACUCUCUUCAGGGUCUUAUUUCGAGGCAAUAGAAGAGUUAGAAGCUACUUCGGUGUCAGAUGAGGUGUUAACGGGCGGCAACCUUGGAAAAAUUCUCGACUUCGACCGUGCCCUUGAAAUCGUCUCAGAAGAAAGUGGCAUUCCUCGGGAAGAGUUGAACGAUGAAUCAAGCUUCAUUGAUACGGGCAUCGACUCACUCCUAUCGCUCGUAAUCGUGAGCCGUUUCCGUGAAGAGCUCGAGCUGGAUAUUCCAAUGGAUUCUCUGUUUGUCAAAUGUCCUACUGUUGCCGACCUCAAAUCAGCCUUGAUGGGUACGUCAUCGACAACCUCCUCGCCCAGGGUAAGGGUCUUUUCGGAGAUACAGGAAAUUACACAUGAGCCUCUGGUUCUGAGUGAGGAGGUUUCUGGUAUGGCUAUACAAGUACAUCCCAGCGUUAUCACUCCUUCGUCAUCUGAAACCGACUCAGACACCGACGAAGCCGAACAGAUACCACUCCCUGUGACCGUACCUCGGGCUACAUCACUCGUCCUGCAAGGAAAUCCGAAUACUGCCACUAAAACCCUUUUCCUCUUCCCUGACGGUUCCGGCUCUGCGUCCUCGUACGCGGCCAUUCCCGCGCUAGGUGCCGAUACAUGUGUAGUGGCCAUGAACUCGCCAUUUCUCAAGCAAGCUGACAAGUUACGCGCCGCCCGCCUCGACGAUAUCAUUGUCGACGGCUACAUAGCCGAAAUCCGACGCCGCCAAGCCUUUGGGCCGUACCACCUCGGCGGCUGGUCGGCCGGCGGGAUCCUCGCCUACCGUGCCGCACAGAUCCUGAUUGAUACCCAGGAGGUGGUCCUCAGCUUAAGCCUGAUCGACUCGCCGCCCCCACUGAACGGCCUUGACUACCUUCCGCCGCACUUCUAUGAAUAUUGUGAGAGCCUUCACUUGUUUGGACAUAAAACAUCCGCUGCCGGGGGCAGCGGCAAGCCGCCUGCUUGGCUUAUCCCGCACUUCAAUGCUACCAUCGAUCUCCUGCACGAGUACCAUCCCACGCCUGUACGGUCAAGGCGGCCCUCAGAUGGACCGAAUGUAAGUAUCAUUUGGGCAGCCUCUUGUAUUUUUGAUAACCCCCAUCUACCGAAGCUGGCCCCUCGCCCUGAUGACACUGAGGGGAUGAAGUUCUUGCUGGAGCGGCGGACGGAUUUUGGGAGCAAUGAUUGGGAGACCCUGUUCCCCGGUCGGGGACAGGAUAUCCGGAUUGAUAGAGUUUCAGGUGCCCAUCACUUCUCAAUGAUGCGCGAACCAUAUUCAAAGGAGCUGGCCAAAUUCCUUGCCAAAGCUAUGGCAUAAGUAAGUCAAAUUGUAAUAGGAUACUGGCAAUUUCCUUUGUCAAUUGUCUAGGUGGUAUCAGCGAAAGGGGGAUCUAGCUCAGACACAAUAAAGCAUGCUUCCAUUGAACCGUCCUCAACUA